GGUUUAUUAUUUUUCAGGAGCCUUAAAUGGUAAAUAACAGAGUUUCAAUAAAUUUAAAAAUUACACAGUGUUUGCCUAUCUAUCACAAUAUAUGCUAAGACGAUUUUUCCAAUAAAUCAAAUGUUUCAACACAAUUGGCUUCUAUCAGGAAAAUAAAAAUGGACCGUUUGAACAAUGUGGCACGAACGGCACUCAAGUCCCAAAUAAAUACCUACCUCGUAUAUGUGAAUUGUUUGGGAGAUGCCAGUAAAGGAAACGAUGUCAAAUUAAGAUCAGCUCUGGAAAUAUCCGAAAGUCUCGAUAUCAUUGUACUCUUACCGCAAUAUCCAAUAUUUCUCGCAAGAUUUAUGAAAAUUAUCAAACCAAUUCUACUUGAAGGGACAAUACAAUUUAUCUCCGAGUACAGUAUUCAUCAAACAAGGAAAGUGAUUCUAGAAAUUUUAUAUCGACUCCCAACGGACGAAUACCUUAAACCGUACGUGUCAGACGUUUUGAAAAUUACUUUACAAUUACUGGAAAUUGAUAAUGAGGAGAAUAGUUUAAUAUGUUUGCAAAUUAUGUCGGAGUAUAGAAAAAAAUAUAAACCAACAUCAAUUAAGGAAGUUUUACAAUUUUUGGAAUUUGUCAAGAAAAUGUACACUGAAUUUACAAACAAUUUUGUGGAUGUAAUUCAAGCAAAAUCUUCUAUAACAAUAAGGAAUUUGGUGAAUUUAAAUAUUGAAUCAUCAUUGGCAAAAACGUAUAUUGUAACUGCUAUUCAUACGAACCAAAAGGACGAGGAUGGAAAUUUAAUUACUUAUAAUUUGAUACCGAGGACAAGAUUAUCAUUGAAGUUUCUGCAGAAAGUUCCUUCGUUUCUGAUUACUUUACGCUCGUUAUAUAAACAACAGACUGGGGAAAUUAUUAUGGAAAUUGUCUCUUUACUUGUGACUUUAAUUACUUUGAAGACUUGUGAUCCAAUUCCAGAUUGCAAUCGUGAAAUUCUGUAUGAGUUUGUUGGUCUACAGGUCAAGUGUCUUAUGCUUGUUUCUUAUAAUAUAAAGGAUUUUAUCGAUAUAAUUUUUGAAACGAGUGCUACUUUAUUUAAAGGAGUGGUGGAUUUAUUACGUGCCUGUCCCACUGAAGCAACACAUUUUCGUAAAGAGAUAUUCAUCUAUUUUCGCUAUCUCAUUCUCUCUAAAUUCCAACGACAAUUUAUUUCCCACAUUGAUCAAUUAUUGGACGAAGAGCUUUUAUUCGGUUCCGGUUUUACGGCCAACGAGACAUUAAGAUCAUUCGCUUUCAACGUAAUUGCAGAUUUUAUUCAUCAGGUACGAAACGUACUUUCUUUCUCUCAUCUUACGAGGGUUGUAAAUUUUUUCAGUAGACUACUCAACGACGCACGAUUACCAGUGAAUAUUGAAAAUCUAUCCUGUAAACUUCUUAACAAUCUCAUUCAGUGCGUGAUAAGUCGAUCUGAAUCUGAAGAUUAUUUUAAAGGACGAAAACUUUUACAGAAAAUACUCGAGGUUUUUGUCUUGAAAUUAGAAACAAUUGUUAAGGAUGUAAUUCCAAUUUUUGCGAGUGCUAAAACAUUCACCAAAACUUCGCAAAAUUUACAUCAAAAUAUUGUGGAGUACAAAAAUAUUAUCCGAUGGAUUAUACUUGGAGUGAAGGAAAUUGUGAUCUUUAAUUUCAGUGAUAAAUUCACGAAACAAUUUGAAUGGACCGAUGUCUUGUUAUUUUUACGAUUUUUCAAAUGGGGAAUGAAGUCAUUUAAUCUUUAUACAAUUGGUCGUUUGGCAAUGGACGCGAUACCAAAGAAGACUAAUAAGUUGAUUCAGUUUCAUGAGACGAAAUUAAAGGAGGAAAAGCAACUUGUAAAAUGUUUUGCAACAAUUUUUAUGUCAAUGGAUUUAUUGACGUUUGAGACAAUAUUUACUGGGGAAAUUGAUUUUAUCGUGAAUCAAGUGAUUGGGAAUAGGGACUAUUUGGCAAUUAUAAAUUAUCUUCUUUUGGAUCCGGGAAAAUCGUUGGUAUUCGGAAAUAUUAUGAUUGAAUAUCUUUUGGAGAAAAUGGAUCAAGUGGGAUCGAAACCGGAAAUAAGUGAUUUGUAUCUAACUUUAUUUAAGACGAUUUUUGGAAGUGUUGCAUUCUCUCCCGAGGAGAAUAGAGAGAUUCUUCGUUCGAAUCUUCAUAAAAUUGUUAAACGCUCAUUGGAUCUUGCUGUGAAUGCGAAGGAGCCUUUGAAUUAUUUUCUUAUUUUACGAGCACUUUAUCGAUCGAUAAGCGGUGGGACGCAGGAAAUUUUAUAUCAGGAAUUUCUUCCUCUUUUGUCGAAAUUAAUCGAGGAUUUAAAUAGAUUUCAAACGGAGUUUCAUAAGCAGGAGAUACAUGAAAUUGUACUUGAGCUGUUUCUUUCAAUACCGGUGAGAAUUGGUUUUCUUUUACCAUAUUUUGAAAAAUUGAUGAUUACGAUUGUUCACGCCUUGAAUGGAAAUGAUGUUUUAAUUGGUGAUGGUUUGAAAAUUCUGGAUAUUUGUAUCAAUAGUGUUGAUUUUUCUUUUUCGCAAGACUACCUGCAGAUUGUUGCCACUGAUUUGAUUGAGAGUCUCUUUAGGAUUGUACGGGAAUCAAAAGAGGAGUUAGCUCAGAAAGCUUUUGAAAUUCUGGGAAAACUUGGCGGGGAGAGUAGAAAAGUGUUGAUAAAUCCGCAGAAGUUACGAUUUGUUAAUUCGGAGAUUUAUCCGAGUGUUCGGGUCAGCUUCGAGAAUUCGGUAAAGAUAAAUUUGUCUGUGAAAAAAAUUAUUGAGACAGCUUAUUCAACUCUUAAUUCAACUUCUGAUUUAUUUUACAAACAACAAGCUUGGAAAGUGAUUAAUUCUUACUUGUCGGCUACUGUGAAAUUAGAAGAUGAUAAAAGAACGUUGAUCAAUUUGUUCAAUCAUCCGAGAUUCAAGGAAGAAAUUUUCCCUACUUCGUGCUGCGUUAAGGAAGAUUUGGCGGCGAAGGAAAUUCAGAAAAUUGCCUUAAGUGGACUCUUUAUCGCAGCUGCGGAAGAAACGUCCCUGGAUUCUAAUUUGCCGGUCUUUGAGACAAUGCUCUCGUAUGUAAGACACUAUACGAUGAUUUUUGUUGCCCAAGAAGUUUGCUCAAAUGUAAUGGAAGAAAAUAAAUACAAAGCUGAGAGGGAAAUUUUCCAAAAUCCUCUCGUUCUGAUCGAUGCCCUCAAGGAUAUUUUGAAGUACGAGAAAAAGGAAUUCUUCAAAGUCGCCUCCAAUGUUCUGGAAACUAUUCUAAAGACCGCGACCUCAAUCGUUGGUUCCCUGCAAAGAGUCUGUCAACUUCCCUUCAUGGAAUAUUUAUUCGAGAAAUUGACUUCUCUCUGCUAUGAGAAUCCUUGGUACUCAAAGCUUGGUGGCUGCAUGGUGAUUGAGUUUUUAAUCCAAAAAAUGCCCCUCAAGUGGCUUCUCACUCAUCUCCUUCCUUUCGUCAAAGCUCUUUGCUUCGUAAUCUCAGAUUUGAACGAAGGAAUCGGUAGCGGAACGAUCGGCGAAGCAAAAGCAAAUUUAAACAAACUACUUCGAGUUUGCUUCGAGCAGAAAAAUUCCGAUUUAGAAACAACACUUACUUCCGAAUUUGAAAACGAACACCUGACAGUUUAUGAAGUUCAAAAGAAUGAGACCGAUCGAGUGGUUCGAGAAUUAAUGCUGUUUGUCUCAUCCCCACGCACGAUUUUACGAAAAGAAGCUAUGAAUUUACUCUCUCUUUUAGCAGAGCUUCGAAAAGUGCCUCUAACCGAUAUGAUUCGUCCUCACAGAGAAAUAGUCGCAGAUUUAGUUCCUCCAAUGAAGAUUCACAUGGUCCGUCAUCCGAUUGAAGAUCAAAUUGGAAUAAUCGACGCGAACGGAUUUUUUCUAUCGUUCACUUCUUUAUUCGUCCUCGAUAUAUCGUUGUUAGAACACAAGUCUUUUUACGAAGAUCUUGUCCAGAUUAUCGAAAGAGAAGACAAUCAACUACUAAGAGAACCUUGUUACAAAGAUCUCUCUGAUUUCAUUCCCCUGAAAACGACCGCUCUUCGAACAAUCAUUCACUUCUAUUCCAUAGAAACUCUCCAGGAGAAUGUAAUCACAAUUUUCAUCAGUGCACUAAAAAAAAUCGAACUUCAGGAAACUGCUCUCGAGUGCUUGAAAAAAAUACCAAUCAGCGAAAAAAUGAAAGGAUUAUUUUUUGAACCAGUGAAAAAAAUUCUCGCUAAAGAGACUUCGAUAGAUCUCAAUUUCUUGACCUAUUUUUCAUACCUUGUGGAAAUUUUCCCCACCAGCAAUUAUCAAUUCUGUAACAGUUUGAUUCUAUACUUAGGCACUUGUUUCAAAAAUUUGAAAACUGAAUACUUGAAUAGAAAAAUAAAAGAAGAAAUAAAAAAAGACCUGGAGAAUAAAAUACGUGAACUGGAAAAAAAAUUACUAGAACCAGAGGCAGAAUCAUCCACAGAAGCGGAAAGGCAAACAUUGGAAGAAUCAAGACGAAAAAAUACGGAAGAGAAAAGAAUCAUCAUUACAAACUCGAAUGUCAUCCAACAACAGAUUUUGACCAUACUUCAAAUUUUUCAAAAAACGACCAUAGAUCUGAAGAAAUUUAUCCCAACUCUCUGUCGAUUUUUUUUGCAAUCAGAAAAGGAUCUUAUGAAUCAGAUUCAAAAUCCAUUUAAAGUUCCUUUCACUCGUUAUUUAUCACGAUAUCCAUCGGAUACUGUGGAUUUUCUACUGAAUCACAACAGUGUACGCUGUGAGGAAUAUGGACUAUUUUUGGAAUUUCUUCUAAACUCAGAGCAAGGGGAAGUUUUUAAAGAAACACUAAAGAGUAGAUCAAUUCGUCUGAUGCAAAUGUUUCUCGCUCCACAACAACCCGAUCUCCAUUUGGCUAAAGAAGAAAAAAUGGAAAUUCGAUUUCGAGCUAUACGACUUGUUUCAAUUUUGAUAGACUACGAUGAAAAUUGGUUCACCACCCAAACUCAACUCAUCACCGUCAUCAAGCAAAUCUGGUACAAAAAUGAGUAUAUAAAUUAUCACAAGGACAUUGAGAAUGUAAAAUCCAAUCAUUUAGUGGAACCAGAGAUAUUACUGAAAGUUUUCAUUCACUAUUUAGAAAAAAAUCCAGAAGAAUUUGAUUUUCUUUUCAAUAUCCUCAAGAUUUUUCGUAUAAAUUUCGUUUCUAAUGUCACGAUGCUCAGUGAUUUUAUAGAGAAAGUUAUUGCACAAACUUAUCAUAUUCAGUGGAAACGAACAGCUUUUUCGAAAUUCAUCUACAAUUUUCAAGGUAAAAGAGUGAGUGACGAAUUGAAGGCGGAUAUUUUACAUAAUAUCGUUUACAAGUGUUUUGAGGCGAGUUUCAAGAAAAAGGAAGUUUUCGAGAUAAUAGGAACACCACCAUCUCCAAAUACGGACGAUCCUAGAAAUUUGAUUUCGAUUUUUAUUAACAAAGUGAUUGAUAUCGAUAAUCCUGGUGAACUUGGUGAUCGUUUGCGAGUGGGCAUUUUUCGUUUCGCUUGCUUAUUGGUUGAUCACGCUGGAGAGUAUAUUCACGAUGUAAAUAUCAAACAUCAUGGAAUAAAGCUCAAAACAUUGGUAUAUUUCGCAUGGUCUUGUCUUUUGAAUAAAAAUUGUGUCGAUCCGAUCACCAAGUAUCAUGGUCAUUUAUUGUUGAGCCACAUAAUUCGAAAGUUUUCCGUUUCGAAAAGUAUUGUUGUCCACGUUUUUCUCAGUCUUAUGCAGGCUCACUCGAUAGAAACGAAACAUGUCGUGAAAGAGGCUCUAGAUAUUUUGAUUCCAAUUUUUCCCCAUCGAAUGGAAAGUGGCUACAGCAAACUCGCACAAUUGACGAGAAAAGUCUUGAUUGAAGAGAGCCACUCCAGGUACUCGUUGUCCCACUGUCUUCAAUUCGUAGUCAAGCAUUUCAAAGUCUACUAUUCGGUGCGUUACCAUCUAAUUCCGAUUCUAGUCAAUUCUAUAAAGAAGAUAACGGAAAUUUCUACCAUCGACAGCAAGAAAUUGGCGGUUGACAUUGCGGAGACGAUCAUCGAGUGGGAAAUUCAGGCGAAAAGUGAAGAAACAAGUAUUAUUGAUGUCGUCGGCAUUGAAUCGAGUAAUCAACUCCCAGACGAAGGCUCAUCAGGAUUUCGACGAAUUGUCCUACAGAAUAAUACUCCUCUAUUCACGACCCUAGAACCCCAACCGAUAAAACGAUUGGGAAAUUUCUACAUCGACAAAAUAUUGAAUUUCAUCCUAAAAUUGACAUGCGAAGUUCAUGAUGUUAACACAUUGCAAGGAAUAAUGGAAGAACAACUUGUAAAACGUUCGGCAAAUCUUAUCAAAAGGACUUACUCCUCCGAAGUUUGGGUAAAAGACGGAAAUGUCGAUUUCUCAUGGAUGAAUAAAACCCUCGCAGAGCAGGAUUCGGAGAAAAUUUACCGAAUUUUGGAACUAUUGAUCUUUCUUGUACGAGGACUUGGUGAAAAUGCAAAUCUUCACAUUUUUACCAAACUUGAAAGUGGAUUGACAAUGUGUCUCUCGAGUGAUGAUAGAAAAAUUCUCAAAUACCUGCAGGAAAUUCUGAGUAAUUUGUUAACAAUAUUUCCGAUUGAUCCAAUUUUGACGAAGGAAACACGUGACGAAAAAAUGAAACUUUUUUAUAAAUUCGUGAGAGUAGUUUUCAGGGAAAGAUUAACUGGUUUCGAAAGAAACGAAGCGGGGAUCGAUUCACUAGCUCCUUGUGUAAUGAUAGCGAAAACUGUCUACCUCAACAAUGCUGGUUAUCUAGAUCCGGUGUUAACUAAUCUCUUGGGGGUUUUUCAGAAAAUAUCACGAUUUCAUCUAGCUGGUGUUGGUGCAAAAAAAGAGGAAACGGAAUUACUCACCUUUCUCGAUAUACUUUCCAAUAGAUUCGAAGUAAUGUCGACGAAUAAUAGAAGAAAAUUCCUGACAUCUUUGGGUGUUUUAAUAGACAACACUCCCAAUCUACAAAUUAUUAGAAUUAUUAUCAAGUUACUGAAAAAUUGGGUAAAGGACGAAGGGAAUUUAGUUAGUGAAAAAUUCCCCAUAUUCAUCAAGAUGUGGAAAAAGAUUCAGAACUUCCCUGCAGAUUUGGAUUUGAGGAAUAAUUUCCUCGAUGUUCUGUGCUUGAUGUAUCAGAACAGAAAUUAUCGACAUGUAAAAUUAUCGACUGAUUUGGAACUUGCCUUCUUGGAGGGUUUACGAUCAUCGCAACCGCAUACGAGAAUCAAAUUUUCGAAAAUUAUGAACGCUGGAGUUGAACGAAGUGUCAAGGAUCGAUUGAGGUAUAUUUCUGAAAUCAAUUGGCAAUUGAUGGGAAGACAUUAUUGGAUCAAACAGUGUGUCGAGUUCGUGUUGAUUGUUGUCGAUCCGACGACUAGAAUUCAAGUGACACAAGAUAUUCUUCUACCAAGUGUUAAGUUCUCCAUAAAGGACGAUGAAAACCCAGGUCUGAAUUUAUCGGAUUUGAACGAAGCUCUCUCGAAAUUGGAAUCGAGUGUAGAUCUCUCGAAACUAGAUUCAAAUGUCGAUUUAUUGAACCUAAAAUCAACGGCUGAUCUUUUGAAUUCAGAAGUUGAUGAAUCGAAUUUGGAUUUAUUGAAUGACGACGACUACAAUAUGGAACUAUUUAAUUUAUACCCGAGUCUAGAUCUCUCGAAUUUGGACAUGAAUCUAGAUCUCUCGAAUUUUGAUCUCUCGUAUUUUGAUCCAAACACAAAUCUCUUUGAUAUGAACAUAAUUGAGGGGAAUACGGAGGGGAAUUCAAAUAUGAACCUAACGAUUUUAGAUACUGAUAUUUUGGAUACACUCCAAACUCCCGAGUUGGAUGAAAAUAUUCCCGGCGCUUCAGAAAUUAAUCCUCAACUCACGGAAUUUAUUAACAAGCACAUCAAGUUUCUCGACUAUCUGAAGAGUAUAAGAACGGAAGAAUUUUUAUCAGCGACGAUACAAUUGUGCCACAAGGAAUCGAGUCUUGCUGCUGAUGUUUGGAAGGAUAUUUUUCCUCAGAUUUGGAGUGGAGAGAUUGAUUUAACUCCGUUUCUUUGUGACAAAAGUCAUUUGGUACAGAAGGAUUGUCAACCCAGUGCGAUAGUUACUUUUUGCGAAGCUCUUGUUGGUUGUGAACCGGAAAUUUUGAAAACACCGAGAAUUAUUAAUUAUUUGGGAAAAACUUUCAAUGUUUGGCAUCAAAUGACACUGAGACUUGAAGAAAUGAUUGUGGACCAGGAAAAGUGCUUCCAAAUUCAGGAGAAUAAUUUUUUUGAUUUCGAUGACUCGGAUACGAAUUACUGUCUUGAAAUUCUAGACUCCUUGACAGAUUUGUACAGCAGAUUGGAAGAAGAUGACAUGUGGUCCGGACUUUGGCAGAAGCAUUCUAUUUACAAGGAGACAGUUGAUGCGAUAGCCUUCGAGCAACAGGGUUUUUUGAAGGAAGCACAAGAAACCUAUUCGAUAGCAGUGGAAAAACUUCGAACGGAUCUUCUAACAGUUUCCCUCUCGAAAAAAAUGCAAAGCGAAUCGGAACUAUGGGAGAAACGAUGGAUUCGUUGUGCUAAGGAGCUGAACCAAUGGGACUUGCUUCUAAACAAAGGUAAAACUGAACUCUUCAAUGAUCCUUUAUUUAUUUUCGAAAUUUGCUUCCUGACCUCCGACUGGUCCACGAUGAAGGAAUACCUCGAGAUUAACAAAGACAUCCCGUCCGAUCAACUCUGGAAAAUCGAGCUCUAUCGUGGUUAUCUAUCCACUAAUGGCGAGGAGAAAAAUUUGCCCCUCAUCGACGAACACAUUUCUAACGCAACAAAACAAUGCAUUCGUGAGUGGAAAAAACUCCCUAGACUCAUCUCUCGUUCCCACUUUUCUCUUCUUCAGGCAGCUGAAAAAAUCGCCGAUCUACGUGACGCGAAAUUUAUCCACGAGAAUUUGGACCCCAAUCAAACGGCGAACUUGAGGAAAAUAAUCUACACCUGGACACAACGAGUGCCGACAAUUGCUGACGAUCUCAGUCACUGGUCAAAUAUCUUCAUCUGGCGAGAAUAUCAAUACAAAUCAUUAAUUGCUUUCGCAACUUCGAUACCGAAGGAAAAAACACUAAAAUACUAUAUUCACACCUGGGCUCAGUCUGUCAAUAAUUUUAGUAAAAUAGCCAGAAAGCAAAAUCUCUCAUCAGUCGCUCUUGACUCACUGACUAGAAUUCAUAAAAUUGAAAGUAUUCCCAUAACCGAUUGUUUCGAGAGAAUCAAACAACAGGUGAAAUGCUACCUGAAAAUGUUCACCCACGGAGAAGAGAAUCGUCUAAAAAAUGCUCUCGACUGCAUGGAAUCAAUUGAAACGCAAUAUUUCGAAAAGAAAAUCACCUCUGAUUUCUAUUCACUAAAGGGAAAAUUGUACACACUUUUUGGGGAGUCAGACAAAGCAAACCAAAUUUUCUCCAAAUCGAUUAAAAUAAACGAGAAGAAUUCCAAUGCCUGGGGAUUGUGGGGUGAAUAUUUUGAGAGUGUUUUUCAGACCAAUACAGAAAGAACAGAAUAUACAAAGUCGGCUGUCUCUUGUUUUCUAAACGCCCUCAAGUAUUCCGGCGAGGAGAAAAACGAAAAAUGCAGAAAAUAUAUUGCAAAAAUUCUCUGGUUGCUUAAUUACGAUGACGAGGAAAUGAAUUUAUUUAAAUCAGUCAAUAGACUCUCGGCGGAAAUCUAUCCGGUUAAUUGGGUCUCAUUUAUUCCGCAAUUAUUAAAAUGGUUGCUUCGUCCUCCUGGUGGUGAAAUUAUCGAUUUACUGAAUAUUAUCAGCAGAAUAUUUCCACAACCAAUCUACUCGCAAUUAUGGACUCUUUACAUGGAACUUCAAUUUAAGAAAUUAAAUAAUAAAAAUCUUUCUAAUAACGACAAUUCAGAGAGAAAUCUAGAGAGGGAAAAAGAAAUUUUAAAAUCAAUUAACAAAUGCUCGCAGGUAAUGAGAAGACUUCUGUUGAUUUAUCCAAAAUUGUUAUCGUAUUUGGAGAGAACUUUUGAUCAGAUUUCGAUGUUUAAAGAAAAUUGGUUACAUGGGGUAGUGAAACGUUUGCAGGAAAUUUUAAUCCUAAGUUAUCGUGUUGCUUUCGACAAUAAGGAGAAUAUCAAUGAAGUUGCAUGUACUCAAGAAAUAAUUCAUCAUGUUGGAAAAUUAACAGCGAAUGUUCGUGUGGAAAUGGAAAAAAUUUUCAGUCAGAAUACAAAUUUUGGAGAAUAUUCAAUAUUUGGAAAAAUAAAUAAGGAAUUCGAGCAAGAUUUCAAGCUCGAUAGUUCAAGUGACAAAUUAUUGAUGAAUCUGAUAAAGAGAUUAAAAAAGUGGAUUGUAAUUUUGGAAAAUAACACUAAAGCUUCGUUGAGAUCUUUCCUACUUGAGAAGAAGUGUCAAUCUUUGUCGAAUUUCAAUUUUCAAAAUGCAGAAAUUGGACUUCCUGGCUCAACUCUUUUACCAAAGUUUUCUCACUAUCCGGUGACGAUAGUGAAAUUCAUGCCUUGGGUAGAAGUGAUUCAACACAAAUUCUCAAUAGCUCAUCGAAUUUCAAUUUUGGGAAGUGAUGGAAAACCCUAUGUCUACUUGAUAGUGUCGAAUGAUCAAUUUAUCGAUUUUAAUAGAAAUUAUCGUGUUUUGCAAUUGCUGCAAAUGUUGAAUUUAAAUUUGCAAAAGCAGAAAGAAACUUGUCGACGUUUUUUGCAAUUUACGAUUCCAAAAAUGAUUCCACUGAAUCCUCACGUGCAACUCAUCGAAGAUAAUCCAAAUGCAAUCGAUAUUUUGCAAAUCUAUAAGCAAAAUUGCGAAAAAAGGAAUAUUUUGCCUAAUGCUCCUAUUUCGAAGUAUUAUGAAUUAAUUUCAAGUAUUGCAGCAAGACGCAAAGGAGUUAAUAUGGAAAAUUUGAUGUCAAUUUUCAAAGAAGUGCAAAAAAAUCUCAUUCCAAAGACAAUUCUCAAAGAUUGGGCUGUGACAACUUUUCCGAGUUCGAUGGAUUAUUGGACAUUUAGAAAAAUGUUCAUCUCUCAAAUUUCUUUGGUUGUAUUCUCACAAUACGUCUUUCAUCUUACUAAACUGUGUCCUGACAUGAUGAAUUUAAAUCUCGACUCUGGAAUAAUAAACGUCAACUAUUUUACAUUUGAUCUUCAUGAAGCUGUAGGAAAAUUGGGUUUGAAUGAACUGGUUCCAUUUCGCUUAACACCAAAUAUCGCUGAAUUCGUCACUGACAUUGGCAUAUCAGGACCUUUGAGAGAAAAUAUAAUAGCCAGUGCUCGCUGUUUGGCGCAACCUUCUUAUCAGAUAAAAUCUCUCCUCCAAGCAAUAAUUAGAGAUGAAUUUUCCGAGGACCGUGUGAAUCAAUCGGUGGACACAACAUUUGUGGAAACGAAUAAAGAAAUAAUACGACGAGUGAUUGAAGUUGUCACAAGUAUUUCAACGAGACUAAAUUCCCUUGGUCAUUUUAGUGGAAUUGACAGCAAUGUAAGAAAUUUUUUAAAUAAUUCCAGGAAUGUCGAUAAUCUUUGCCAAAUGGAUCCGUAUUGGUAUCCAUGGCUGUAGUUAGAUUAGAAAUUAUUUUUAAAAAAGUUACGAUGAAAUCUUCAACUCAGGGGUAAAAAUUACUAAAAAGUUAAUUAUAUUAUUUAUUAAUCAAUUCCAUCAAUUUGUUAAACAAUGGAAUUUAAAUUUAAUUAGUUCAAGUUUCAGAGGAAGAGUUAUUCGUAAUAGAAAGUUGAUUCGUAAUUUAUUACAUAUCGGUUAUUUAACUGUAGAUAAAUAUAUAUUUUUAGAGAUUUUAAUAAUUUUAAUAUUUACAUUUUACAAGAAGGUAAAUAAAUUGAUCGCAAUUUAUAUUUUACAUAAUUAGAAGAUUAACUGAGAAAUUAGGUUUUGCUCAGUAAUGUGACAAAUAUUUUUUAUAAACCGCAUUUUUUAAUGUGUAAAUAAGACUGAAAUUACUUCGAAAUUUUUGAGAUAUUGACAAUACUUCGACUUCGCUUAAU